AUGAGAUUAGGAGAUUGUCAUAUCUUACGAGAGAGUUGUAAUGUUGGUCGUUCGUGGACCUGCGGUGUGCUAGAUUUUAAGUUCUAUUUUUUCCAGAUGUUUCCGGGUGUACAACAACAGCCUCCAGUGCCAGGGGCUAUGAAUGACGUCGAGUUCGAAGAGAUAAUGAACAGGAACAGGACUGUUGCAUCCUCUGCGAUUUCUCGAGCAGUUGCCGAUGCGGCGGGAGGGGACGUCAAGUCCGCGACGGAAACCAUCUUAACAGCCAUUUCUCUAAUCAAACAAAGCCGUGUAGCCCAAGACGAUCGCUGUCGCGUUCUAGUUGUCAGCCUUCAGUCUAAGGCGUAUUCUGGAGGAGGAGGAAGUAGUCGCAGCAAGCAUCGCGAUAGAUCUCGUAGCCGCUCUCGUGAUCGCGAUCGUAAGCGACGACGUCGCAGCCGUUCAAGGAGUCGGUACGUUGCUAAUUUUGCUGUCGUUCUUGGCUUCAUUUCGACUCACUUUUUUUUAUUCUGGAAAUAG